UCGGAGUUUCGGAGGAGUACGUGAACGCCUCGCGCUUGGACGGCGGGCAGAGCGACGUAAUUCUUUACGUAAAAGCAACAUGGAUCUGGAAUAAUUUCAGUCCCGCAUUCUGGGCGUCUAUCGGGCAAAGCAGAAAUCAAAUCCCGCUCAUUAUAUCUGAGCGCCGAUUCUUAACCACGAAUAGCUGCACCCUGCUUUGACCGCGGGUCGGCCGGUACUGUUGUCAGUUAGCAUUGUUAGCACGGAAGUCAUUGUCGUCCUCGGCGGCUACCUCGCUCGGUCGCUCCCCGGCGGCGACAAUCAAGCGUACGGACAAAAAGACAAGAGUUUCCCGGCGGCGGUGACGGAGAACACGACGCGGCCGCGGCAAAAUGGGGAGGAAAUCCAGCCGAGCGAAAGAGAAGAAAGCCCGGCGUCUGGAGGAGAGGGCAGCCAUGGACGCCGUCUGCGCCAAGGUGGACGCUGCCAAUAAGCUCGAUGACCCGCUGGAUUCCUUUCCAGCCUUCAAAAAGUAUGACAGGAACGGACUGAACCUGCAGAUCGAGUGCAAGCGAGUGACGGCCCUCAACCCGUUGUCGGUGGAGUGGGCCUUCGAACUCACUCGAGCCAACAUGCAGACACUCUACGAGCAGAGCGAGUGGGGCUGGAAGGAACGCGAGAAGAGGGAGGAGAUGAACGAUGAGAGGGCGUGGUACCUGCUGGCCCGCGACGGUGACUCGGCCCCCGUGGCCUUCUCUCACUUCCGAUUCGACGUGGAGUGUGGGGAGGAGGUGCUAUACUGCUACGAGGUGCAGCUGGAGAGCCGAGUGAGGAGGAAAGGACUGGGCAAAUUCCUCAUUCAGAUUUUACAGCUCAUCGCUAACAGUACGCAGAUGAAGAAAGUGAUGCUGACGGUUUUUAAACACAACCACGGCGCGUACCAGUUCUUCAGAGACGCUCUCCAGUUCGAGAUGGACGAGACCUCGCCGAGCAUGUCCGGUUGCUGCGGCGACGACUGCUCGUACGAGAUCCUGAGCCGGCGAACUAAACACGGCGAGGCGUCGGUGGGUCACAGCCACGGCGGCGGCCACUGCGGCGGGUGCUGCCACUGAUGCUUUGGCCUCGAAAGGCAGCGAGGGGCAAAGUUGUGCAAAAGUUUGAGCUGCCUCCUUUCUUUGUCCCGGGCCACGGAGGGCAGAGUUUUUGGUCCCACGUCUCGAUGUUACAGAGUGACAUUUGUGUUUUUCUGCUGUAAAAUUGACAUGCAGUGUGAGCUCCUGUUUGUUUCGUCCCCCUUCCAUCAUUUCCUUGCUAUCCAUGACAACAAGCAAUUGUUGUGUCAUUGUCACUGAGAAAGAUCAGAAGCCAGGCGAGCCUUUGCGAAACAUCACCUUGUGAUCUCGGUGAGUUCUGCCUCAUCGUGGCAUCACUGUAAACGCACAUCCUGCCUUUUGUUUAGCAUGUGCUCCGUGACGAUUGAACGAUUCUUUCUGUGAGUUUGUCUUAAGUACGAAAAGUGUGCCACAAAAAAAGCUGCUUUUGAAACUUUGCAGCAGCUCGAUACUAAAUCCUCUUUAGGCUCACAGGGCAGUUUCUUACAUGGAACGAUCUUACAGGAACUUGCAUUACGAUAAGUCCUUGCCAACAUGCCUUUUCAACAACAACCGCACCCCCUAAAAUCCCAGGCUUUAAUUUUGAAUGAGCGAGAAGUAGCUGGUAUGUUUAUAAAGCCGACAGGGUAAAAGCGUUUCGAGUGCUUGUGGCAUUCUGUUUUAACAAGACAUCCAAGUUCUUGUGAAAAAUUGUAGUUGCAAUCAAAAUAGAGCCCAGGACAGAAUCCCCUCAUGGCCUGAAAAUAUAAGUGGUGUUUGUAAAAGUUGACACACCUUCCAAAUAAUCAAUUUUAUGUACUAUGACUCCUAAUUUGUUACUGAUGUGUAGCUAUUAUGACGAACCCUUUUCUUGAUCUCUUCUAUCCUUCUGUAUAUAACAUAAAUGUGCUCUUAUGGAUCCCACGUUGAAGCAAAACACUUUUUGGAACAUGAAACUUUCACGUGAACUGACUUGAUGAAACCUGAGACUGAGACCUACUGAUGCAGCCAUUCACAAUCAUGUAAGGGAACACAAAGUCAUUCCGCCUUGUCAGUGUUUUGUUUGUAUCCUACACAUUCAAUAAAGCUGUUUCUCUUUUCUUAA